UUGACCACAAACUCAAAACUUGCUCCAACCAAUAUAUCAAACCCCCUAUAAAUUCAACCAUCCAGAUUCGAGACUGACAGUUAGCCAGCUCCUAUUCAUUCACCUACUGAUCUCGCUCCCAAAUCCCAAAUUCCAAUCCCUUCAAUUAUCAUCAUCAUCAUCAACCUCUCUUCUUCAACCUAAAAAAUGAGCUGGUGGUGGGCUGGAGCUAUUGGCGCUGCCAGGAAGAAAUUUGAUGAAGAUGAAGGACCAAAAGGGUUUCAGAGCGUGGGAUUAGUGAUCGGUGUGACAGGCAUAGUUGGCAACAGCUUAGCUGAAAUAUUACCACUUUCAGAUACCCCAGGUGGGCCAUGGAAAGUCUAUGGUGUGGCGCGUCGUCCACGACCAAACUGGAAUUCAGACCACCCCAUCGAGUAUAUCCAGUGCGAUGUCUCAGAUCCUCAAGAAACCGAGUCCAAGCUUUCUCAACUCACCGAUGUCACCCACAUCUUCUACGCCACUUGGGUCAACAAAUCCAUCGAGUCUGAGAACUGUGAAAUCAACGGUGCCAUGUUCAGGAAUGUCCUACGCGCGGUGAUCCCUAACGCGCCGAACCUCAAACACAUCUGCCUCCAGACAGGUACUAAACACUACAUCGGAAACUUCGAGGUUUUCGGAAAACCUGGGUUCCCACGGCACGAUCCGCCUUUCUCGGAAGAUUUGCCGAGGUUAGAGGUGCCCAACUUUUACUACACGCUCGAGGAUGUUCUGUUCGAGGAGUCCGAGAAAAAAGAGGGAUUGACUUGGUCGGUUCAUAGACCUGACACGAUUUUUGGGUUUUCGCCUUAUAGCUUGAUGAAUAUAAUUGGGACACUUUGUGUUUACGCUGCUAUAUGUAAACAUGAAGGGGUUGCUUUGAAAUUCCCUGGUGCUAAAGCUGCGUGGGAGUGUUAUUCUGUGGCUUCUGAUGCUGAUCUUAUUGCCGAGCAGCAAAUUUGGGCUGCGGUGGAUCCUUAUGCGAGGAAUGAAGCUUUUAAUUGCAACAAUGGGGAUGUGUUUAAGUGGAAGCAUUUUUGGAAGGUUUUGGCUGAGCAGUUUGGGAUUGAGGAGUAUGGGUUUGAGGAGGGUGAGAGAGUGAGCUUGGUGGAAUUGAUGAAAGAUAAGGGUCCUGUGUGGGAUGAGAUUGUGAAGGAGAAUCAGUUGCAGCCUACAAAGUUGGAUGAAGUUGGGGUUUGGUGGUUUGUGGAUUUGAUUUUAGGUGGGGAGGCUUUGUUGGAUAGCAUGAAUAAGAGUAAGGAGCAUGGGUUUUUGGGGUUCAGGAACUCCAAGAACUCCUUCAUUUCUUGGAUUGAUAAGGUGAAAGGGUACAAGAUUGUGCCUUAGUAAAAUGCUGCUAUUAAGUGAUUCAAUGUCUCUUUGGGUUCUUUGAAUGCUGUUGUUUGUAAUGGAUGUUGUCGUUAAAUAAAGCUUGGAUUGGAUGGAAAUUUAGAGGUAUGGUUCAUUGGUUUCAUUUAGAACAAAAUUAAUGAAGUGUCUUUAUGUUGUUGUGAAUUUUCCUGUAAUGGCAUGGAAAACAUGAAACAAUGAUGCGAUUGUACUUUAUGGUCAAAUUUUAAACAUAAAAAGCCUUAUUUGGCAUUUGGGAUUA